AUUCCUUAGGGCAAUGCGUGCGGUGGUGCAGCGAGUCUUGUCCGCCAGAGUUGAAGUCGAUGGCCAAGUUGUGUCACAGAUCGGACAAGGCUUGCUUGUGCUCGUCGGCAUUUCGGAAUCCGACACCAAAGAAGAUGCAGAUUUUCUCUGCAGGAAAAUCCUAAACAUGCGCUUAUUUGUGAAUGACAAAACCGGCAAAGCAUGGGAUCAGAAUGUCAUGCAAAAGAACUUCGACGUUUUGCUCGGUAUUGAUGAAUGUAUUGCAACAUUAAUUUGUUUUUUUUUUUCCUUCCACUGUCUAGUGAGCCAGUUCACGCUUUAUGGAUUUCUCAAGGGGAACAAGCCGGACUUCCACUUGGCCAUGCCACCACUCCAGGCUAAGGAUUUCUACUCCAAGUUCGUCGAGGCUGUCGCUCACUCCUACUCUAAGGACAAAGUUAAAGAUGGUAUAUUUGGCGCACUGAUGCAAGUUCAUUUGGUUAAUGAUGGACCAGUGACGCUGCAGCUCGAUUCUCGCAAGCCUGGCGACGAGAACAAUCACAAUUCUUCUUCUUAACUCCCAGUGCACUACUAACGUACUACUCCACAGAAAGACAACCAAAUUCGUUUGGAGCGAUGGUACCAAAAGUGCCUGGGUCACAGCGGAUUUCACAAGCCGAAGCUUGUGGAGAACGUAUUAGCAGAUGAGCGGUGCUGGUUGGUCCUGGUUUCAUCAAUAUAGCUGUCCAACAACUGUUCCAGUGAUCACUAGAAAACUUGGGCCACCUUUUCUUCGUCUUCACCACUCAGCGGAUGGCGUCUGGACCAUCGUGAGAGUCUCGCUUCCGCAAAUUUGCUCCCUCCCGGCCCGUCGAUCGCAUGGCUAUGCAACUUGGUGGUCACAUUCUUGGUGUGAAAGUGAAAUCAGUUGGGGAUCAGUUGGAAGGGGGUGAUUUUCCGGGUGAAACUUUUCUUUCCAUCGAAGAAGAAGAAGAAUGAGAAGCUAAACACAGGAUUUUUAUGAGUCAU